AUGACCUCUGUCCCUGCUGUUAAUCCUGUCAAGAAGGAGAAGCACAAGAAGGAUAAGAAGGCUGCAGAAGCAGAGGUGGAGCUCAAGGAUGCUGUUGAGGAGAUUAGCAUCUACAUCGUGUUUGUUCACCCCCAUGUUAUGGUAGGGGUGGCAAAGUGGAACAUGCUGGAGGGUGUUGCCCUUCAGUUAUUGGGGUGCUGUGACAACACUGACAUCACCAUUAUUUGCUCAGGGCACAUGCUCCUUGUGUCUGGUGAGGAUAUCAAGUGGCACCCCAAGUACAGUGUGCUAUGGGAUUACUGCCUAUGGGAUGGAAGUCUUUAUGGGAGGUGCAAGUGCCCCCCCGGCUUUACCAUGUCAGAAGCAGAGCUCAGACCAUAUGCUAAGUCAGUAAAGGCGCCUACUGAACAGCCUGCCCAAACACAAUCCAGCAGUGCAAAGUCUGCCGACUCCGCCCCUACCAUGAUGCCUGCCAAGAAGGCUAAGCAGAGUAAGGGUAAGAAAACUGAAGAAGUCAAGGUGGAGCCCGAGAGUGCUGUUGAGGAGCAGGGUACAGGGGAGGCUACAACCUCAUUGAAAGAUGAGGUGUUGACCUUGUCUAAGGGUAUCUAUGUCAUGUUCGUUUGCCCCAAUGUCAUUGUAGGGGAAGCAAAGUGGAAUGCACUGGAGGGCUUUGCCCUUCAGCUACUGGGGUGCCAUGAUAACACUGAUGUCAUCACCAUUCACUUGGGAUGUACACUCCUGGUGUCUGGGGAUGAUGUUAAGUGGCACCCUAGGUACAGUAAGAAGCUGUAUACCAUUGCUGCCCCCUUCAACGACUACAUUGUGUUUAGUCUAUGGCUCUGUGGUACUGGCUUUGACACUGAGUGGCUUGAGAAGGACAAAAAGUCAUUCGUGAUGGAAGACAAGACAGUGGACUUCAAGCAAGUUAAAGUCUGCAUAUUCUGUCUCGAGCUUGAUCCCAGUGUACGCUUCUCCGUGAAGUGA